AUCUUAUCUGGUGAGAACGCGGAUGCCCUCGAACUGAUGAUGCUCUCGGAAAUGGAGUCAAUGCGUAGAAGCGCCGAGACAGGAGGAACUGGUGGUAUCAGCGUGCCCUCUGAUGGUCAUCCCACUGCUAUAGCUUUGAAAUCCAAAGGUGCCAAGAAGUUCACCAGUCAGCAGCAUCUCUUUCGCCAUUUGGAUAGGAAGUACAAGCGGUUAGUGAGCGAGUAUGAACAGAUGCAGACGAAACAUCGGUUGGAGAUGAAAGAGCUCUCGAGUACUGUUGCAUCAUAG